AUGCCUGAAAGCCCAGCCUCGCCCUGUCUGCGUGCUCGCUAUCGGAUACUAGGAGCUUGCUCUGCGGUAUACUGCCUGGGCUGCUUACUGCAUACAGAGCUGUCCCCUGCUUUCCCCCUUCUCUUCUGGAAAGUCAUCAGUGCAAGGAAGAAACGGGCUGAAAUUGACUGCUACCCCAAAAGAACUUCAGAGCCCCUGUGGGCUAACUCAAGGUCUUUCGCAGCGGUCUCCGCCUCUCGGAGGAUGCUCUGGCUCUUCUCACUGGUCUUCUGCCUCGGCUCAGGAAAUGCAGCCUCACAAAACAACUUAACCCCAAAGAUGGUGAAUGGGAUCCUGGGGGAGUCGGUAACUCUCCCAGUGGAGCUUCCAUCAGGAGAGGAAGACACUCUUAUCGUCUGGCAUUACAAUGGAAGAGCUAUUGUCAUCAUACAGCUGCAUAAGUUACAAAAGCCGGAAUUCAUGGAGCCGGACCCAAAAUGGAAAAAGCGACUGGACUUCACCCAGUCCUACUCCUUGAAACUCAACAACCUGAUGAUGGCAGACACAGGACAUUAUAUGGCCCAGAUAACCAACAAUGGCACCGUCUUGCUCUUCAGUUACAGUCUGAGAAUCUUCAGACGACUAAGAAAUUUACAAGUAACUAAUCAGAUUCAGCUGUCCGGGAACGGGACCUGUGAGGUCCACCUCACCUGCUCUGUGGAUCAUUCAAAUUACACUGGCUCCAUUGGGUGGCAAGUCCCAGGAAGCAUCUUUCUAAGCCAACCAAACCUCACCAUCUCCUGGGACCCCAAGAAUUCCAGUGAACAAAACUACAUCUGCAUAGCUGUGAACCCAGUCAGCAAUGUGUCCUUCUCUGUCUCGGCCAAGAGUCUCUGCGAAGGUAACAGCCUGCCUCGGGUGUCUCUGGGAACCACAGGCAGCUAUGGCGAGUGGUCACUGGUCUCCGGGCCCCUCCUGACUGCUGAUUCAGUGGCACAUGUUGCAGAGUCCUCUCCAGGGAGCACUGUGUACGCACAGGUCACUCAUCCAAACCAGAAAAUGAAAACUCCAACACCAUCAAAAAACAAUGAUUCGGUGACAAUUUACUCCAUAAUUAAUCAUUCCAGAGAGAAAGAACCCAGGGAAACUGCUCUUAACAACACCAAGCAAGUUGCUAAAAGACCUUGAAGAAACUCAGG